AUGAGCCCCGGGGCCUCCUACCCGGGGAUGGGCCACCUGUCUCGCCUCCAGGUGAGGACCUGGAUUGAGCCAGUGGUGGCUUCGUCCCAGGUGGCCGCCUCCCUUUACGACGCGGGGCUGCUCCUCGUAGUGAAGGAGCACUACGGGUCUGGGGCUUCCUCCAACCACAGCGCCAGCCCAUCUCCCCGGGGGGCUCUAGAGGACCAACAACAGAAGGCCAUCUCCAAUUUCUACAUCAUCUACAACCUGGUGGUAGGCCUAUCGCCCCUGCUGUCUGCCUACGGGCUGGGCUGGCUCAGUGACCGCUACCACCGCAAGGUCUCCAUCUGCGUGUCCUUGCUGGGUUUCCUGCUCUCUCGCCUGGGGCUGCUGCUCAAGGUGCUGCUGGACUGGCCACUGGAGGUGAUGUACGGGGCAGCGGCGCUGAACGGGCUGUGUGGUGGCUUCUCAGCAUUCUGGUCUGGGGUGAUGGCUCUGGGAUCCCUCGGCUCCUCUGAGGGCCGCCGCUCGUUGCGCCUAAUUGUUAUUGACCUGAUCCUGGGCUUGGCCGGUUUCUGUGGGAGCAUGGCCUCUGGGCACCUCUUCAAGCAGAUCGCUGGGCGCUCAAGGCAGGGCUUGGUGCUGGCGGCCUGCAGCGUGAGUUGUGCCAUUUUUAGCCUUUUCUACAGCUUGUUGGUAUUGAAGGUCCCUGAGUCGGUGGGCAAGUCCAGCAAGGCACUUGCCACCGUGGAUACUGUGUCUGGCAUGGUUGGCACCUAUCGCACCCUGGAUCCUGAUCAGCCAGAGAAGCACAAUGUGGAGAGGCACCCCCCACCUCCUGGAAAAGAAAAGCCCCAGAAAACCAUCAUUGUCCUUCUCUUCAUGGGUGCCAUCAUAUAUGACUUGGCAGUGGUGGGCACAGUGGAUGUGAUGCCACUUUUUGUGUUACGGGCACCUCUCAGUUGGAACCAAGUGCAGGUGGGCUAUGGCAUGGCUGCAGGUUACAUCAUCUUCAUCACCAGCUUCCUGGGAGUCCUGGUCUUCUCCCGCUGCUUCCACUUCCGGGACACCACCAUGAUCGUGAUUGGAAUGGUCUCCUUUGGGUCUGGAGCCCUACUCUUGGCUUUUGUGAAAAAGACAUACAUGUUCUACAUUGCUCGAGCCAUCAUGCUGUUUGCUCUGAUCCCCAUCACAACCAUCAGAUCAGCAAUGUCCAAGCUCAUAAAGGACUCCUCUUAUGGGAAGGUGUUUGUCAUACUGCAGCUUUCCCUGGCUCUGACAGGGGUGGUGACAUCUGUAGUGUUUAACGAGCUCUAUCAGCUUUCCAUGGAAAAGUUCAUCGGCACCUGCUUUGUUCUCUCCUCCUUCCUCUCCUUUCUGGCCAUCAUCCCUGUUGGCAUCGUGGCCUGUAAACUAGCCCCAUGGUUACAAUACGGAGAUGUCAUGGAGAAAUGA